GGGAGGGUAAAAAUUUUAAAAUGGUGGCUGACUAAGCGGACUCAUUGUUAGAGUUUCAACGGGAACAUGCACAUUGAUCGUGAUGCAAUAUUAUGCAAAUGAGCCAAAGGGAAAGUUGUUGUUCCUCCGUCUCUGUUAAUUAAUAAUGUAACGCUGUAUGUCAGCCGCUGUAAGCGAAACAAAUUGAUUGGUCUGGCGAUCUUCUUCUUGUUCGCUUAUCGCUGCGUUUUUCUUCAGUCUGAAGAACACAGAGGAACAACCCCAGGUAUCAGACACAAGUUUCAUGGAGUUAACUUGGCAUUGUAGAUUUUGACAUUAACAAGCAAACACAAAAAGGAGAUACGUUGUGCCGAUUUUUAACGACUUCAGAAGAACUGUUUGGUAACCCCUGUGUAAUUUUCCUUGUCCAGAGAUGUUGCAGCCUGUGUAAUCUGGUACAUGUCUUGAUGACAUCCUUACCAGGAAGUCUUGGUUGGCCUGUCACUGGUGACAAAACACUUGAGUUUGCCAGAAACCCAGCAGAAUUCAUCCAACGCAAUAUUAAAACAUGUAACUCAAGGGUUUUUCAAGUACGAGCACUGAACAAACCUCAUGUACUUGUUGCUUCAAAUCAAGGAGUCAAGGAAAUUCUAGAAGAUAAGGAUGGUGUGCUUGACAUGGGCUACAAAGAUUUUGGAUAUAUGUAUAGUUUAUAUGGAGACUUAGUAAUUUUUAACAGUGAUGAUGAAGCUAUACGGCUAAGAAACAUUCUUCACAAUGUCUUUCGGCCUGAAGAAGUGACCCGUUACAUGGGUGAUGUGGAAGUUGUGUCCUCAAGAUUAUUGAAUAGUAUUGAAGACAAUGACAUUGUUAUUCCAUAUAAGCUGUUCAAGCAGCUCACAACUGAGGUAUGCUUGCGAUUAUUCCUGGGACUGGAAAUGGAAACUGCCAAAAAGGAAGCAGAAUCUGUUGUUGAGCUCACAAUAACUCACUGGCAUGGGCUUAUUUCUGUUCCAGUGACUUUUAAUGUUUAUGGUUAUAAAUCAGGAUACAGUAAGGCAAUGGUAGCAAAGAAAAAUCUGUUGACAAUUGUCAGUAGACGUCUCUCAGAGGAAAAGAAUGGGUUCAUAAAUGUUAUGAGAGAAUCAGAAUUUAAAUCCAUGACUGAAAUGGCAAAUCACAUUUUGUUAUUUGUGUCAGCUCUGGUUCCCAAAGCAUUGGCUUCCCUCAUGACCUCCUUUUGCAUUGAGCUUGCCAAGCCUGAGAAUCUUGAGAAGAGAAUCAAAGCAGCCAAGGAUGAUAGGUAUCUGGAAAAUGUGCUUUUAGAGAUAAAACGACUUUGGCCACCCUUUCUUGGUGGACGAAGACUAGCAAAACAGGAAGUCAUAAUAGAUGGUUAUAAAGUUCCAGCAGGUCACUAUGUGGGAAUUCUCACAAGAGCAGCAAACUGUGAUCCAAAAAUAUUUCCUGAAGCUGAAAAGUUUUUACCUGAAAGAUGGGACACUUGUAACCAGUUAGACAGGGAUCGAGUGUGGACAUUUGGCUCAGGUCCUCGGAUGUGCAUAGGGCAUAAGUUUAUUCACAAGAUUAUCAAGCUUCUUGCAAAACAUCUUCUCCAGUCAUACGAGUGGGAACUGGUACCCGGUCAAGAUUUGACAUACAAAUGGCUUCCUGUGUCACGCCCCAAGAACGAUGUACAAGUUGUGUUUACGAAGAUUGCGUUAUGAAAUUGGAUUGCCUGGUAACAUUUUAUGGACAUUUUUAAUUUUUUUGCAAAGGUUUUUACUAAAUACUACUUUGCUCAACUGAUUCCAAACUUCUUUUUAACACGAGUGAAAUAUAUUUUUUUCCUUUUAAAAAUGGAUGUAACAUAAGUAACGAAAGUAUUAAUCAAGUGUUUUGGACAAAUUAUAAUGAGUAUUGUAAUCAUUAGAGCCUUUCAGUAAUAAAUGUG